GGAAGUAACAGUUUGUUUCUGGGAUGCUUUUGGGUUUUAGUAAAACCAUAGCCUUCCCAAUUGCCUUUAAAGGACUAUGUAUCCCCAUCUAAAUAUGGGCAUGCGCUCGCGAUGGAUUUCAAGGAAUGUCCGAGCACCACAAACUUGUGCUGACAGUCCUUCGCGUCUCGCGCUGCUCCACGCGAUUCUUUCACAUCCAGAAAGGCUUCAGUUUGACUCUUCCAUCCUCCUUCAUUUUUAACUUUAACAGUUUUUUAAAAAGAUAAAGUAAGUGGAAAAACAAGGUGAUAUCUUCAGCUAAUUCUAUAUUACUCUGCAUCACCACUGAACGCAACUAUGUCCCGGAGGAAAGUGAGGGGACUCACGAAAACCGGGCGACAGGUGAGCGAGGACCCGGACCUCGACAGCUUGCUGUCAAACCUGUCACCCGAAGAAAUGGAGGAGCUGCAGAAAGAGGUUUCCGUCGUUCCCGAUCCAGAUCCGAGUGAAAUAAUCGUUGUGGACCAAACGGAUUUAAAACCAACCACCGCGCCACUUAAAAAGGAAUCACAACAAAGCAGCCAGACCGAGGACUUCAGAUCCUGCUUACAGAGGAACCUGUCAACAGAGGGAGAGCCGAAGAAGGAGAGCCGGAAGCAAGAGUACCUGCGUAAGAUGGGCCUGAGCCAAGAGAAGAAUACCUCCGAGUCUGACAGCAAAGAUGGAGGGCUUCAGAGGACCCCCUUCACUUCUUCUUUCUCUAAACGUGAUGGUAGAAUGGAGGACAGGACCGGCAGGGUCACAGAGGGCAGCAAAGAUGACAAAUUUGGCCCAUAUGCUCUUUCUAGGAAGGACGAGGAGAGUGAGAAGCAAGUAGAGGUGAAGGAACAAAAUGAUGGGAGUAAAUUCAAAGAUAGAAGAGAGAUGAGAGAAAGUAGUAGCAACAAAACCAAAGAAUUAAUAUCCAAGCUUCAGGAGAAGAAGGAGGGUAGUAAAGAGAAAAACAGAAAGGAAGACAGCUGGAAAAGGGAAUCUGGGGAAAGUAGAGCAAAGGAGGUGAUUUCUAGGAUAAAGGAGAAAGAGGAGAAGGAAAGGGAGAGAAAGGAAGAGAUUAGGAAGAGAGAGGAAAUCAAAACUAAAGGCUAUACAUCCAGGUUAGAGGAAAAGCAAAAUCAGGUUCUAGAAGACAAAACAAAAGAAGAGAAGAAGGAAGAAAACCAAAUAAGAAGGUUAAGCGAAAAGGAAGUAAAGGGAUGUCCUGAAAAUAAAGAAAAAGGACCGGAAAAAAAUUAUGAAAAUGUGAGGAAUCCACAAGAAUAUAAUGCAAAAUCAAGCGAUAAGGGAAGAGGGGAUGUUCAGAAACAAAAUGAAAUUGAAAAUGAAGUUCAUGAACCCAUUAAGCAAGAGAAAAUUGGAAACUGUGUCUCAGAUACUAUUUCAAAAAGUAAGACAAAAGAGGAGGAAGAGGAAGAUGAGUCAGCCAGCAUGUUUGAUGAAGAUUUGGAGAGAGUUUGUUGCAACGAUCCGAGCAUGACUGAUCUCAAUGUGAACAAUUCAGAGGUCAUAAAAACCAAAACACUUAUUCAGUUCGCCGAGGCCUUAAAAAACAACACACACAUCAAAGUGUUUUCUUUGGCUAACUGCCGUGCCGAUGACCACGUGGCUUAUGCUAUUGCUGAGACCUUACGAAAUAACAAAAGUAUCACUAGCAUCAAUUUGGACUCCAAUCUUCUUACUAGCAAAGGUGUUAUGGCCUUGAUACAUGCCCUCCAACACAACUCCACCCUCACUGAGUUACGCUUCCACAACCAGCGGCACAUCAUUGGAGGAAAGUCAGAAAUGGAGAUGACCAAAAUAUUGAAAGAAAACACGACUCUUCUGAAACUGGGCUACCACUUUGAGUUAGCUGGUCCACGUAUGACCAUGACCAAUAUACUUAGUCGCAAUAUGGACCGUCAGCGGCAAAAGCGGCUGCAGGAACAGAAGCAGGCACAGGCCCAAGGCACUGGAGACAAGAAAGACACAUUAGAAGUUCCAAAACCCGGCUUUGGUAAAGGCUCCCCGAAAGCUUCGCCUAGACCGUCUCCUAUAACUUCUCCCGUACCGUCACCCACCCCGUCACCCAAGUUGACUCAUAAGAAAAGGGUCAGUGGGCUUGGUGGAGGACCACCUCCGCCACCACCACCACCUGGAGGACCACCACCGCCUCCACCUCCAAUGCUAGACGGAGACUUCCUGAAGAACUCCCUGACGCCCGUGUCACAAAGGAAACUAGACGAUAAGAAAGGAGGAAGAGGAGGAGCUCAAAACUCAAGGGACCAACUUCUGGCUUCCAUUAGAGGCAGCAAUGUAAAACAGCUCAAAAAGGUUACAUUACCAAAGCUCUUGCAAUAAUCUGGCAAUGCAGAGAGAUAAUUAUGGGUGAAGAAAAUGGCAGGAAUGAAAGGACAGACAUCUCACAGACCUUGAGAAGAUCGUUACUCAGAAUCUUCCAUGCAAAGUCUUACUGCUGCCCUAUAGUAUGGAAGACAUGCAAGGACUCGUAUAUAUGGUGAUAUUCAACUGCUUCUACCCAGGAGUCUUUGUACAAAAUACACUGGACGAUAGAAAUGUGGUGCAGUCAUGGGUGCUCAGAGGCUUCAGUGGCCUAUGGAACUGCAGAGUUGAUGCCUUGCUUGUCAUUUGCACUAAAUGAAUAAUUUCAUAUCAUAGAUUGUCUAAUAUGUGUUGAUACAGUAUGUGGAUGUUAAAAAAGAUAUUUGUUUCUGCAGUCGAAUUGGAUCUUCUUACAGCUGACUGAGUUGAACAAUGUAAGAACAAAUAAUUGUCUGGAUUUUAUCCUAGUUAUUUGGGGUUUAGGAAUCUCUAUUGUAAAAGCUCUUGCUGAUCAGGGAAUAAAGGUGGGAUUCUAAUCAAAAAUGACAAAUAAUAUAUAGUUUCCAUGGUACUUAAUGCCUUGUUUUUUAUGAUUUGGCGUGAAAGAGAACAGGAUUACAGCUUUAAAGAGAAAGCAAUGGUUAAUCAGAUCUGUGAAUAUGACUGUGUAUUCAAUAUUUAUUUUGUAAUUUGAGUUUUCCUUUAAAAUUGCAUGUAAUCAAUUGAGUAUAUAAAUGUUUAUCACUGUAAAGUGUAAUUUUAUUUUUUUUUUUUUUUACCAUCCAUUUGUAAUUUAUCAAAAAACAUUAAAAAUGUAGUGAGUUUUUACUUUGGGAAUGGAAGCAAUCUCUGCACAUAAUAAAGGUUAAUGUACCUCACGUGCUUUGAAGACAAUAUAUUUUCAUGCUUGCAUGAUCUCAGUUUCUUCAAGAGCACAUCUAGUAAAAUCUACAGUGGAAUGUUAUGCUAAUUCAGUUUGUGUUAGAAAAUAAAAUAAGUUCUGGAUUAAUCUGCC